UAACACUUUCAGAAAGAGGGGAGACCUCUAAAAUUAAAUCUGGUUGGAAUAGGAUCUUCUCCGAACGUUUCAUUCGUUCUUCUUCUUCGCCGUCGCCGUUGUUUUCAUCGGAAUCUUCAAUUUCCUCAUUCAAUUUCUUCCAUAAUCUUUGUUCUUCAAUACGAACCAUCACUCACUUACCAACUCUAUUGAUCUGCGUUCCUUUUCCGGAGAGCUUCUGUGCAGUUUUUUUUCUUAGCUGCAGUGCAUCACUGGUAGCUGGAUUAGCUUAAUAACUAUGCUGAGGAGGAAGAAGAUGAAGCACUGCUUCAGCUUCUUCUUCUUCUUCUAUUGAUUCAUGGCCUCCUCUCAGCACCGCUGUGUUUUCGUUGGGAAUAUACCUUAUGAUGCUACUGAAGAGCAGCUUAUAGAAAUCUGCCAAGAAGUUGGGCCCGUGGUGUCGUUCAGGUUUUGUCUACUGCCAGCCCAUUACCAAGGUAGCCAAGGGCCGAGCAUUCCGUUGUCAAAUGUUUUCUAUAGAUUAGUUAUUGACAGAGAAACUGGGAAACCUAAAGGUUAUGGGUUUUGUGAGUACAAGGAUGAAGAAACAGCUUUGAGUGCUCGUCGUAAUCUACAAGGUUAUGAAAUUAAUGGUCGGCAAUUACGAGUUGAUUUUGCUGAGAAUGACAAGGGUGCAGACCGAAAUAGAGAACAGGGUCGUGGAGGACCUGGAUUGGUUGCAAAUGCUGGUGGCCCAACACCCCAUGGGGAGUCCAGUCAACAUCAACCAAUUGGUCUUCACAUAGCUAUCACUGCUGCUGCUGUCAUGGCAGGAGCCCUUGGUGGUGCACAAGCAGCUUCUAAUCAGAAUACUUUGCAGAGUGCAACAAUGCCCAAUGAUCCGUUAACUUUACAUCUGGCUAAACUUUCUAGGAGUCAGCUAACUGAAGUUAUGUCUGGGCUAAAGGCAAUGGCUACACAAAACAAGGAUUUGGCUCGACAGCUAUUGCUAGCAAGACCACAACUAUCAAAAGCUCUUUUCCAGUCACAGAUAAUGCUUGGAAUGGUCACUCCACAAGUGUUGCAGAAGCCUAAUUUACAGCAAUCUGCUACUCAUCCUCAGCUUCCUUUGCAUGAAAUUCAGCAGGGUCAGCCAUCAUCCGUUCAAAUUCAACCUGGGCUGCCCCCUCUUGCACCUAACAGGAUGCAAACUGGUUUUUUACCUAAAAAAGAAACUCAAUUGUCUCUCACGCCCCAAAAUCCUUUGGCUCCCCAUCAGUUUUCUGCAUCCCUACGACCUUCACUUCAAUCUCAAAUUCAGCCAUCACACACUUUACAAGGCGCUUUGACAGGAAUACCUGGAGGCUCGUCACUUCCUUCAAUAAAUUUGCAGGGAAAUAUAUCUAUUAGGCAACAGGUUCAGGCGCCCACCUCCUCCUCUUUAAAGCAGCACAUGCGUCCUCCUCCUCAGCAAUAUCUGGGGCAUGGUGGAGCUUUAAUUCCUGGCCAUAACGCUCACAUUACUAAUCCAGAAGCUAAACCAUCUCUUUUGCCUCACCCCUCCAUAUCAGAUGUAGACUUUCAGCCUGGCCCCUCCACAGCGUAUAGUACACCUCAGAUAGUGGGCAGUGAUGUUGAUAAGUCUUCUCCAGUUCCUCUUGGUGUUGAUGGUAAAAGAACUAUGCUUCAUGGCUUUUCAGGAACAACUAAUCGCCCAGUAAAGCAAAUAAAAUUAGAGGAUGGAAAAGGCAGCCCUUUCUCAGCAGGAGGUCUAAGUACAUCAAUAGGUACCAAUGGAUCCGGGCAGCUUGGAAUUGCCUCAGAUCCCAAUGUGACGGGAACACAACUCUCUGAGAAACCAACUUCAUUGCUUCCCCAGAACGUUGAAUCUGUACUACUGCAACAAGUUUUGAAUCUAACUCCCGAACAGCUUAACUCGUUGCCGCUCGAACAGAGGCUGCAAGUUAUUGAGCUCCAGCAUGCACUUCGCAGAGACCAAAUGCGGCCAUCCUAGCAAGUAAAUUAUCCCUGAUCAACCCAACAAGUAGAUUGUAAAAUAUUUUGCUCCAGAAAGAUUCUGCAAGUGACGGUAAAAAAUACUGUGUAAAAUUAUUGCUUGUCGAAGGGGUCCGAAGCGAUGGGUCCUGCCCACAAGGUAUGAGUUUUUCCAUAAACAACAUUCAUGUAAGGCUUACAAGUUUGUGAUUAUAGUGAUUCCUUAAUAAUAACAAAUCAAGAUAGGGGAAAAGAUCCAACGGUGGAAGAAUUUUGAUAUAUUUUCAGGGUCUCUUUUUUUGGCCGCUA